AUGAACUUGAACAACUUGGGAUUUGAUGGUACCAUAAAAUGUCCGCAAUGCUUUUUCGCUACGCCACUGCCUGUUGGUGUGGAGCCACUACGAUCGCUACCAAACGUCGUUUCAGCAAGCGUUGUAGGGUCAGAACUGGGUCAACUUCAAAGUGACGGCUUGCUCGCCUGUGACGAGUGCUGGGAUGAAACUCCAGCAACGUCGGUAUGUGUUUGUGGCGUGAAGUUUUGUGAUGAUCACGCAGCUAUCCACCCGAGAUCGAAAUCAGGGAAAGGCCACACCGUUACGUCACUGUCUGCGUCCGACAUUGAGUCAUCCAGCAGCGGCAGUAGCCGCAGUAGGAUCGUGCCGCAUAGAUGUGUAAUACACACGAGUGACGUGUUGAAGCAGUUUUGCUGGGAUUGCAAUCAGCUGCUGUGUGCGCAGUGCUGCACGCGCAUGAGACCAUGCGGACACGAAGAACACGAGGUGGUGGAUAUUGCAAGCGCGGCGCAGACCGCUCGCGAUAUGCUUUCCACAAAGCUGAGCAGUUGUACGGCAGAAUGUGGUGGUGUGGUCAGCAGUGCCAUAGAGACUGUGGAGGAAAGUAUUCGGACGGCACACAGCCAAACAGAGCGGGCUUCGGAGAAGGUGAUUGCCUUCUUUGAGCCAUUGGCGGAAGCGUUGAAGAAACAGGAGGAAGCUCUUCUAGCCAAGCUGGAUCGGCUGAGAUCGAAGAAAUUGGAACCGCUUGAAAAGCAACUUUGUGAACUUAAGGCGUGUGCCUCGAAAGGAGAAAAUGCUGCAAACAUCCUGCAGUCAUUUCAGGAUGAUGUUGAGCUACUCCGUGUGUGGUCAUGGGUGCAAACGUCUAUUAACGAAACCAGGCAAACUGCUAACGCCAAGAAGAAGCCAUGUGUUUCUAGUGGCAUUGUUUUUGGCCCCACUGACUACAAGCAGCUACUUGGUGGCAUCAGGAAGGCGGGAACAGUGCGGGAUAUUGCCGAAAGUACUUUGAAGUGCCCUCGCUAUGCCAGUGUCCAUGGCCAGUGGAGGAUAUCUAUCGAUUUAUCAGAUGGCGGUGUUCCCAGCACUGUGGAGCAAGAACAACUGGACAACAUCGGGCUGGAGAUAUCAAUAUCUAACUACAGUAAGAGCACAUCCAGUGCAUCUACACGCACCCCGGUUGCUCCAGGUCCUGGGUGCGUACGGACUGCAAACAACCCUGUGCAGACGCCGGGUCACUAUCGCAUUUCAGCCAAGAUUGGCGGUGUCGACCUGAAGGGUAGUCCGCACGACCUGGCGCUGCUGACAACUCAGACGUUUGAUGAUGCAGGACGAUGUAGCAGUGACCUGGGGAUCAGCAACGAGGGCCGCUCAUUGGCCAUCACUGGCACUGCCAGUCGCUGGGCAUCAGGGUGCACCGCACCUAUGAUAGCUGAGACAGGCACCAGUACACUGAAGGUGAAGAUCAAUAAGACGCGUAGUGGCAACAUCUUUCUCUCCGCAUGUUCAUCUAGUUCACCCAACCUUGCAGGGUACCAGCAGGACACGGCGCAGUGUUUUGGUUGGUUUGGCCUCAAGGCUGAAGGCCACCACACUGGAAAAGGCCUUGGCCAACCCUGGCAAAGUGGGGAUGUUAUUCGACUGACUGUUGACCAUGAUCGCCACACUCUCAUAGGAAAACAUGAGAGAACGGGAGUUUCGGAAAUGAUCACGAAUGUCACUACCAAACUAUAUUGGAUUGCUGCACUUGCUGAGCGCUCUGACAAGAUCACUCUGAUGUGA